UUAACAUGGAAAAACAACCAAUGAAAAUCGCCUGUUGCCUUCUACUAAUGAAGCCCCUGAAUAAGAUAUCUCUGAUCUCCCAUGGGGAAGUAAUCGCGAUAAAAAAUUCCUGGUGAGAACCCUGUAUAACCAUUGAAAAGUGUUUUAAAACAAAGUAGACUAUAAAAGAGAACUAGUAAAUGAUUGACAUAACAAACAUUAAAGUUCAACCCAAUUUGAUAAGAGCUGUAAGUUCUGAAUGUGUUGAACAUAUUAUUAUUCAAACAGGAGUGCUAGAAUUAAUAGUAAGUUCUAGGUCAAAGUCAACAUAUGGCAUCAGAUAUAUUGUGCACGUAUGAUUGAAUAUUUAGGUUCUCAUAUUUUUAUUAAAUUCCAGGCAUUUUAUGAAUUUGAAAAUUGGGAUUGAGUUUUGACAAUUUCACAUUACUUUUUUGCGACACAACAACAUGUGCUUCAGUGGAAGAAAUAUAGCCUAAGAAAAACAAAUGUUGGAAAAUCUGAUAUUGGAUGAACUAGACUUACAUCAACCGUGUUAAUGAAAAAUAAAGAAUACAUUUAAGAAAAUGAAAAUGUUAAGUAUUGUGUUCGUGGUGAUAUUGGGAAUUGGUGUCAGAAGUGCCUUGGGUGGAAGUAUAGAUGGCUCUGAGCACACAUGUGUGGAAGUAAUGGAUGCCAUCUAUAGUUGGACACCUAAGGAUACAUUCAAGAAUUAUGUUGAUAGUACAGGGCGACCUGGUGCCGGAGUGAUGUCUGGUAACACAGCAUGGUUAGGUCAAUUCCAACAAUGCCAGGAAGACACUGAUACUCAGUACUGCUUGGCGGGGAACAUUUUGUCAAAUAAUCUUAGUACUGCUAUAAAAUGGGGUUUAUGUGUUCCGGAUACUUGUACAGAGAGCAUUUUGACUGAGUACAUUCAGAAAAAUUCAAUCCCAGAAUUGUUUAUGACAUUGAUGGCUGGUGAUGUAAAGACGAUAGAUGCAUCCAGUGUGAAAAUUGUAUGUGCUAAAGAUUUACCCCUCUCUAAUGGAUUUUAUAUUACCAUUGCACUGUGUGUAAUCUUGGGAGUCCUCGCCAUUAAAGGUACUAUGUUACAUUACCAAAAACCACAUAUAGAUGUCCCACCUAGAUCAAACCAUGUUGGAUCACCAUGGCAACAACUUGGACGCACAGACAGAUUCUUGUUGUGUUUUUCAUUGCGUGCCAAUGGGGCAAAACUGUUCAGUAGCACAACUAAUGAAGCAGAUAUUCAACCGCUACAUGGUAUACGUGUCUUAACUAUGAUGUGGAUUGUUUUGGGACACACAUUUCUUGGACUUUACAAUACCCAGAUAAUGGACAACAACAAGCAUGUGGUCAAUAUUGUGUACAAGUGGUGGUUCCAACCAAUCUACAAUGCUUACUUCUCAGUUGACACAUUUUUUCUCCUAAGUGGACUGCUCCUUUCCUACCACACUCUACAGCACUUACAUAGAACAGGAGGCAGUUUUCCAGUCUGGAAGAUGUACCUGCACAGAUACAUUAGACUGACCCCACUGAUGGCUUUCACUAUGUUUAUGUGGAUGUUUGUGUUACCAGAAACAGGGUCAGGGCCACAAUGGUUUAUAUUACAAGAUCAGACUGCAUGUCAAGAAUAUUGGUGGACCAAUAUUUUGUAUAUAGAGAAUUUCUACCCUACAAAUCCUGCUUACCAGUGUAUUGGAUGGACAUGGUAUAUAGCAACUGACUUCCAAUUGAUGCUUUUCAGUCCAAUUCUCAUAUUCCUCAUAUACAAGACAUACAAAUGGGGGUGUUUUAUGAACAACAUUUUUCUCGUGUUGAGUGUGUGUGUCACAGCAGGGCUGAUAGGAUGGAAUAAUAUAGAUAUUGAUCUCACAGGGACUGUAAUUGAAGGCAAUCACAGAGCAGCACUGACAUAUGAGUAUGUCAUAUUCAACAAGCCAUAUUGUAGACUGGUGCCAUACAUCAUUGGUAUUCUACUGGGUGCUAAGAUCCAACGCAAGACACAAUAUAAAGAUUAUGCUUCCAGGACAGUUUCCAGGAGUGGGUCAGAGUUACUGUGGUUGGUGUCUGCUCUUGCUGCCAUAGCAACUAUAUGGUGGUUCUACUUUAUGUCCCCUCUUGGCCCGGUUGGCAAUGUGUUGUAUGGUAGUUUUUGCCACCCUGUCUACUGUCUGGCUGUAGCUUGGGUGAUCUAUGCAACCUGGAAUAGACCACAAAGUUUUAUAAGUGAGUUCUUGAGCUGGAGGGGUUGGCAGCCACUGGGCAGACUGACUUAUGCAUUAUACCUAGUCCAUGGACCUGUCAUAUUCUACAUCUACAUUAGUAUGCAGACAACACUGCAUAUGUCUGGAGUAACACUGUUGAUUCUAUACAGUGCCAUCCUGCUGCUCUCAUACACCUUAGCGAUACUGGUUACUCUUACCAUUGAGAUGCCGACAGUUAAUUUAGAGAAACUCAUCUUCAGUGAUCCUACAUACAGUAAAUCCAGAAGACCAAGGGAAAGUGAAGAACCUUGUGCUAAAAAGGACUGA